AUGCGCACAUUGGCCCAGAUCCCAAUCCUUGUACUCUUUCUGUGCAUAGUUUGGGAUAAUCUGUCCAAAUUGCCUGAUCAUUUAACGACACUUUACAAACAGUUUGCUGAUGUUCUAGUCAGUCGUUGUUGCAAUGAAGGCGAGGAUCAGGAGGCGCUGAUGAAUUCAGUCGCAAAAGGGCUUGGGCGAGUCGCUCUUGAUGGGUUACUAGACCCCAAUGGGGAAAGGCUCGUAUUCUCCUCAGAAGAAUUUGAUGAGAAAGCCUUGACGGAUGGGUGUCGAUUGGGUUUCGUUCAAGAAGAAAGUUUCACGAGUGGCUUGACGAAGAUGAAGGUAGUAGCUUUUCUUCACAAGUCUAUGCAAGAAUACUUCGCAGCAGACUACUUUGCCAAUUUGCAUAACGCAAGCGAAGAGGAGUUUCACGAGAGGUUGAAGCAGAUCAAUCCAUACAACGUCCGUGCAAUGGAAUAUCUGCUUCGGUUUGCAUGCGGCAUAUCAUCGGGGUCUCCGGUUACUUGGCUCAUUCUGGAGCACGUUCAAAAGCUUGACGAGGUUUCACUGCAGAAACUGCCGCGCCUGCUGUGGUUUGAGUCUGGUCGUGACGAACUGGCUGAUAAGCUAGACCGACCAACACAGGCGCAAUGUGAUAGUCAGGAGGAUCUGUUAGCAAUGCGCUAUUACUUGCAGUGUCUCCGUCAGCCAUUAGUAGAACUUAAGCACUUAACCGUCAGCUGCAGAUCGCAUGAAGAAUUGGCGCUUUUGAGGGGAAUUGAUAGCCAAAUGCAUGAUGAAACUUCAGUUUACAUUGAUUUAAGUAUCACAUGUGGAUUGCAUGAAUGCCUGGAGAUGCUGGGGAAGAUACUACCGAUUAAUAACAUCAGGUCAAUCAGCAGAUUUCAGGUGUUUGUUUCUUACUACGUGUCGGAAAAGACAGAUGAGGAGAGGCACCCGCCCGUGGAGGUGGAUGAGAGGCUUCGUGGUCAAAUAGAGCUUUCACUGGCGAUUGGUGAGAAUUCCCACCUUGGUGAGCAUGUGUUAGGAUCCCUGUCUCGUGUAUGCAAGCAGAUCAUUAAGCAAGUCGCACUGUAUGGAACAACGUAUAAUGACGUCAUUAGACUAGCGAAUGCACUGGCUGGUUGUGAUAGGUUGACAGACGUAGAAGUGCGCAAUACCAACCUUCACGGCCAUCUGGCUGGUGUAGCCCCUCUUAUUUCUCCAUCCCUGGGGUUGAUGACAUUACACUCAUGUGGACUGAAUGAGGAUGACGUCCCUGACCUGAUCAGCAUCCUCCCUGCCGGGCAUGGUUUGGAGGAGCUUGAUGUUUGUGGCAAUGCAUUCAGCACAGUUGGAUCGGAGUCUCUUACUGCUCAUCUGAGGAAUCUACCUAAACUGCACUCUUUUGGGCUUUAUUACAACGGUCCCAAUGCAGAGUGUAUCAGGGAAAUGGUCGAGCGAAAUCUUCCAAACGUCCGGUCCAGUCAUUUUUAUUAA